AAAAUGAUAAGUGUCCUAGACUUGUACCAUGUUCUCACAGCCGUUGUGCCUCUCUACGUGGCCAUGAUCCUCGCAUAUGGGUCAGUGAAAUGGUGGAAAAUCUUCAGCCCUGAUCAGUGUUCCGGGAUCAACCGUUUCGUUGCUCUAUUCGCUGUUCCACUUCUCUCCUUUCACUUCAUAUCCACAAACAACCCUUAUGCCAUGAACUACAAGUUCAUAGCUGCAGACUCUCUUCAGAAAGCAAUAGUCUUGAUAGUGUUAGUUAUAUGGUCAAGGACAAGCUCAAGAGGGUCCCUUGAAUGGUCCAUAACCCUCUUUUCACUCUCCACACUCCCUAACACCUUGGUCAUGGGAAUCCCAUUGCUUAAGGGCAUGUAUGGAGACAACUCUGGCACACUCAUGGUUCAAAUCGUGGUCCUUCAAUGCAUCAUUUGGUACACUUUGAUGUUGUUUUUGUUUGAGUAUAGGGGUGCGAGGAUUCUCAUUGGGGAACAGUUCCCGGACACUGCAGGGUCCAUUAUUUCGUUCAAGGUUGACUCUGAUAUCAUCUCUUUGGAUGGGAAAGAGCCUCUUCAGACUGAAGCUGAGGUUGGUGAAGAUGGGAAGCUUCAUGUUACUGUGAGAAAGUCCACAAGCUCACGCUCUGAGAUUUUCUCUCGGCGUUCUCAUGGUCCAAACUCUGGGGUUUCACUUACCCCACGUCCUUCCAACUUGACCAAUGCUGAGAUUUAUUCCCUUCAGUCUUCGAGGAACCCUACCCCAAGAGGGUCAAGCUUCAACCACACUGAUUUUUAUUCCAUGGUGAAUGGGAGGAACGUGAGUCCGCGGCAGUCAAACUUUGGAAGCUUGGGUUUUGAUGAGGAGGGUGGAGUUGGUAGAGCCAGUGGUGGUGGUGGUGCAGGGUACCCGGCACCUCCCAAUGCCGGAAUCUUUUCUCCGGUGACUGGUCCCGGUACUAAGAAGAAGGCUAAUGGAGGUGCUGAUGGUGGAAAGGAUCUUCAUAUGUUUGUUUGGAGUUCAAGUGCUUCUCCUGUCUCUGAAGGUGGAAUCCAUGUCUUCAGAGGUGGAGAUUAUGGAAAUGAUCAGCUUGGUGGGGUAGCUCACCAAAAAGAUUAUGAUGAAUUUGGUCACGAUGAGUUUAGCUUCGGAAACAGAACCGUUGCUAAUGGGGUGGACAAGGAAGGGCCAGUGCUUUCCAAGCUUGGUUCAAGCUCCACAACUGAGCUACACCCAAAAGCUGGAACUCAAGGUGAAUCUAGACCCACAUCCAUGCCACCCACCAGUGUUAUGACUAGACUCAUUUUGAUAAUGGUGUGGCGAAAGCUUAUUAGGAAUCCCAACACUUACUCUAGCCUUAUUGGUCUCACGUGGUCUUUGAUCUCAUUCAAGUGGAAUGUUGUUAUGCCUGCAAUUGUUGCUCGAUCAAUAUCAAUUUUAUCUGAUGCAGGACUUGGGAUGGCAAUGUUUAGCCUUGGGUUAUUCAUGGCGUUGCAGCCAAGGAUUAUUGCAUGUGGAAACUCAGUUGCUUCAUUUGCUAUGGCUGUUCGUUUUCUAACUGGCCCUGCAGUCAUGGCUGUUGCUUCAAUCGUUGUAGGACUCAGGGGAGUUCUGUUGCAUAUUGCCAUUGUACAGGCUGCUCUUCCCCAAGGGAUUGUCCCCUUUGUGUUUGCUAAGGAAUACAAUGUUCAUCCUGACAUACUUAGCACUGGGGUUAUAUUUGGGAUGCUAAUUGCGCUUCCUAUUACGCUAGUUUACUACAUUUUGUUGGGGCUUUGAAGCAAUAUCGAUGACGUGAAAGUAACC